AUGGAAAAGAAAGCAGCAUGCUACGAUUUUGUCAAUCAGAGUUGCAGCGAAUGCAAACCUUUACCGAAGCAAGAAAUGCGUGAUUGCGUAUCUAGUUGCUUGGCCGCCAAAGAUCCAUAUAAUGUAUGUGAAACGAUGCGCAGGCAGAAUCCAACUCAAACUGUACAAUAUCAAACCAUAGGAGGAAUGACUGCGGAGCAGCAGUUACGACAGCUUCAGUUGCAACAGGAAGCCCUACGAAAGCAGAUAGAGGCCGAGGCCGAGGCUGACAGACUCAGGCAGCAACAGAAUAAUCAGUAUACUACCCGGCCCCUGAGCAAUCAGGUUUACACUGCACGGCCACUGUAUUCUACAAGGCCCGCAUAUUCACCCCAAGCGGUGAGCAGGGUGUCUGAGCCGACACUGGAGAAUGAUUACAUUGUGCCAACGUACUCUAGACAGUCUAUCCCAAUGACGCAGCAGCAGCUAGCAUACGUUCCGAUGAAUUCAAAUUUUGAAGUUCCGCAAGGUUACGAGCCAGUAGUUCGCCCGAAUACUGUACGACGAUCCCAUGUUAUUGAGAAAAAGAGCAAAUUGAGAGCUCGAAGGAAAACCGGAAAGUCCAUUAUUGAUAAUAAUGAAAUCAAACCAAGACAGGUCGCCUAA